UUCGGAAACUCUCCAAUCAUCAUUCUCAUCAUGAAGGUCGCUUUUGCUCUGUUGGCUCUGGUCUCCCUGUCGUGCGCUGCCCCUCAGGCGCGGAAGUCAUUCCACGAGCACUAUGAAGACUUCAUUGGCCUGAUCAUGGAGGAGGCUCGUGAUGACAUCAAACACAUCACCGGGCACUACCUGGAGUUCGAGGAGUUCCUGGCUGGACUCGACUACCUGGGCAGCAAGGACUUCAAGGAGCUGGUGUACGAAAUGGAAGACUUGCCCGAAUUCAAGGCUGUCGUGGAAUUCUUGGAGGGUCACGGCAUUGACAUUAUGUACUUCGUCGAUUUCCUCAACCAGACUAUUGAGUCCAUGGGCAGCAAGCGCACAGAGAGGCACACGCUCAGCGGGCGCGACAUCUCUGCCUACAUCAAGGACGUCAUCUCCGAGUUCCCCAAGGCCAAGCUGACCGCCCUCUACGAACAGAAGGUCGCCGAGGACGAGGACUUCGCCAACGCCAUGGCCGACCUGGAGACCGACGAGUGGAAGCAGAUCUUCCAGGCGCUGCUUAACAGCGAGACUUUCCAGAAGGAAGCCCAGACCCUUCACGAGCACGGCAUCGACCUCGACGUCGUGAUCGGCGAGAUCACCGCCGUCUUCGGUAUCUACUAAG